UACGACACUAAUCACAUAUUUUGGCAAUAUUCCCGAAACCCUACCCACUAAUUAUUGGAAGAAAUUCUUGGAAGAUUGGAAUUGACCGAGAAAAUCCGGUCGAUUACCAAGAUCCGUAUCCGAACCCGAAUCUCUACCUAAGGAUAUAUAUAUUCUACAAAAGGCUAUGGUUUCCGGUGAUCAUAUAACAUGAUCAACCGAGCCAUAGCCUUCCGUUUUCCAUUCAGCUUUUCCCUUUCAACCUCAUAGUCCUUGAUCAACAAGAGAAACAAGAUGACUCAACCAUCGCGCCUCUUCCAACCGCUAAAAGUGGGAAAUGCAACCCUCCAGCAUCGCCUAAUAAUGGCACCCUUGACCCGUUUUCGCGCCAACGUGGAGCACGUACCUCUUCCGUUCGUGAAGGAAUACUACGAGCAGCGCGCCUCGGUACCGGGGACUCUACUCAUCACUGAGGGAACUUUUAUUACAAGGCGUGCAGGAGGAUAUCUUAACGUCCCAGGGAUUUGGUCCAAAGAGCAGAUAGCAGCGUGGAAGGAGAUCACGGACGCCGUACACGCCAAGGGCUCUUACAUCUACGUACAACUCUGGGCGUUAGGCCGCACUGCGAACCCAGACGUCCUCAAGGCCGGCGGUGCCGAUCUUAUUUCCGCUAGCGCCAUACCGUAUGAGGAAGGCCAGCCGGUCCCAAGAGAACUAACGAUCGAUGAAAUACGGUCAUUUGUAGCCGAUUAUGCACAGGCAGCUCGCAACGCGGUCGAAGCGGGCUUUGACGGUGUCGAAAUCCAUGGGGCCAACGGAUAUCUAAUCGAUCAGUUCAUCCAGGAUGUGUCUAAUCACCGGCAGGACCAGUACGGCGGUAGCAUCGAAAAUCGCGCCCGUUUUGCAGUCGAGAUCGCUAGCGCCAUCGUGGAUGCUAUCGGUGCUGAAAAGGUUGGGCUUCGUAUAUCCCCUUGGUCCAGGUUCCAAGGAAUGCGUAUGGAGAACCCGAUUCCACAAUUUACAUACCUAAUCCAGGAGCUGAAGAAGCUGAAGCUGGCGUAUCUACACGUCGUCCAAUCAUCAAUCAUCGACGAGAACGCAAGCUUCGAAGCUACCGAGAAGAUUGCGUUUGCAAUUGACGCAUGGGACAAUACAUCUCCUGUACUCAUCGCAGGUGGCCUCCAGUCAGAUAGUGCGAAGAAGAUAGCAGACGAGCGAUUCAAGGAUAAAGAAGUUGCCAUAGUAUUUGGCAGGUAUUUCAUCUCUACUCCGGAUUUACCGUUUCGAAUAAAGAAGGGUCUACCCCUGAACCCUUAUAACCGCGGUACCUUUUACACUCCAGAAAUCAAAGAGGGAUAUACAGACUAUCCUUUCAGCGACGAGUUUAUUAAAGCGUCCGGCUAGGUGAGAAUAUCCUAGGGGAAAGCUUGAACCGGGUUACUAUGCGAGGUUUCACGACCUGACGCUUCAGCUGAGUUAUAGGCAAUAUGGACUACUGAACGAAACACACUAUAUUUGCUCUGGGUACUUUUAAGCAUCCUAUCUACGGAGGGCUAUAUAAGCUUAGCUUAGGGGUAGACUAUUUCGGAUACGCGAGAGGAAGGAUGUAGACCACGCCAUAAACGUGACGUUAGCCACGCGAAGGUCCUGGGUAGAAGUAUUAAGAAGGAAGCUAAAGAGAUGGGAUUUAGUUGAAAACCCAGAGUGUACUAUAAAAUAAGAUCAACUAUCAACUACCAGUUAUUGUUGUAAAUAACCAGUCCGCC